AUGAAGUUCGGUCAGCAACUUAAUAGGUCUUUGAUAAGACAAUACAGUUAUUACUAUAUAUCCUACGAUGAUUUGAAAAAUGAGUUGGAGGAGAAUUUGGAGAAUGCGAAUGGUGCAUGGACUCACGAAUUAGAGACGGAUUUCUUAGAAUCGCUUGAAGUGGAGUUGGAUAAAGUUUACACUUUUUGUAAAGUCAAACAUGGUGAAGUUGUCAGACGUGUGGAAGAAGCUCGUGCUCAGGUUCAACAUACAGUACGGGCAUUAAAUUCCAAUAACCCGCCAACUGAACUUGAUUUUGAUUUAUUGGAGGAAGAGUUGAGUGAUAUUAUUGCAGAUGUCCAUGACAUUGCUAAAUUUUCCACUCUAAACUAUACAGGUUUUCAAAAAAUUAUCAAGAAGCAUGAUAAAAAGACAAAAUUUAUUUUGAAACCGAUCUUUCAGAUCAGAUUAGAUUCCAAACCGUUCUUUAAAGAAAAUUAUGACGACCUGGUGCAGAGAAUAUCGCAGCUGUAUGAUAUUGUCAGAACAAGGGGUAAUCCAAUUAAAGGUGAUUCCGCAGCGGGUGGUAAGCAGCAAAAUUUCGUGAGACAAACCACAAAAUACUGGGUUCAUCCGGAUUAUAUUACUGAGUUAAAAUUGAUCAUCUUGAAACAUCUUCCGGUGUUGGUCUUCAAUACUAAUAAGGAAUUUGAGAGAGAAGACUCUGCAAUCACUUCUAUUUACUACGAUAAUGAGGACCUCGAUUUGUACUAUGGACGUUUGAGAAAGGACGAGGGUGCUGAAGCACAUAGACUGAGAUGGUACGGUGGCAUGUCAUCGGACACCAUUUUUGUCGAGAGAAAAACUCACAGAGAAGAUUGGACCGGUGAAAAAUCUGUCAAGGCAAGAUUUGCGCUGAAGGAGAGAUAUAUCAAUGAAUUUAUGCAUGGUAAAUAUACUGUUCAGCAAGCUUUCGCAAAAAUGCGCAAGGAAGGUAAAAAAUCAAUAAAGGAAAUUGAAAAUUUGGAAGCUCUUGCCGUCGAGAUCCAAUACACAAUGUUAAAGAAGAAGCUAAGACCAGUAGUUAGAUCUUUUUACAACAGAACUGCUUUUCAAUUGCCUGGUGAUGCAAGAGUGCGUAUCUCUCUUGAUACUGAAUUAACAAUGGUUAGAGAAGACAACUUUGAUGGUGUUAACAGAACUAAAGACAACUGGAGAAGAAUGGACAUUGGUGUCGAUUGGCCUUUCAAACAAUUGGAUGACCGCGAUGUUUGCAGAUUUCCAUACGCCGUUUUGGAAGUUAAGUUACAAACUCAACUUGGUCAGGAACCUCCAGAGUGGAUUCGUGAGUUAUGCGGAUCUCAUUUAGUCGAGCCAGUCCCUAAAUUCUCUAAAUUUAUUCAUGGUGUUGCAACCUUGCUAAACGACAAAGUUGAUUCGAUUCCAUUUUGGUUACCACAGAUGAGUGUUGAUAUCAAGAAGCCUCCUAUCAAAAAUAAUAUCAACAUAACCAGACGUGAAAGAGAAGACGAAGAUGACGACGAGGACUAUGAUGAGGACGACGAAGAUGACGCAGCUUUAGUCGCGGCUAUGACUGCCACCGGCAACAACUUAGACGUUGAGGAAAGAGCGGGUAAUUAUGGGUCUAUUCCAAACGAUUCUUCCACCUCAGAGACAAAUACUGCAAACAAUGGUCAAAGUGCAAAUGCCGUAUACUACAGUAGAAAAAUAAACACAGCUGGUAAUGUAGUGACCAAAAAAGUAUAUCAAGCAAUGGCAGUUUUUGACCACUACCUGAAUGGUGAUAAAAUCAGCAAAAUACCUAAAGGUACAGUAUUCGAUACUCAAGUUAAAGCUCCUCCAGGUAAAACCAUUUGUGUACCAGUUCGUGUAGAGCCUAAGGUGUACUUUGCGACAGAAAGGACAUUCUUAUCAUGGUUGUCAAUUGCAUUGAUACUGAGUGGUGUUGCCACUACUUUAGUCACCUAUGGUUCCCCAACAUCAAUGAUCGCAUCUAUUGGGUUCUUCAUUACCGCUUUAGUUACUAUAGGUCAUGCGGUUGCGACCUACGCCAGUAGAGUAGUAAAUAUCAGACAGAAAAAGGCUAUCGAUUACGCUGAUAGGGUGGGUCCUCCUAUGAUCUGCGCUUUCCUAAUGCUGUCGAUAGCAUUUUCUUUCUUUUGUAAUUUGGCCUGA